CCCUGAAGGCAUCAUAGAGUGAAAUGAAGGCGGGGAGCUCCUCCUGUGUGUAUAUGUGUAAAUGUGUGUGUGUGUAUGUGUGUUACUUUGACGGUUGUAAACUACCUAAACUCCGGCUGAAAAGCUCCGCACAUCACCGGGCUGACAACCGCGAGAGAGGGAGUUAAAACACCUAAAUCCUCCCGGGAAAAGAGCGCGAGAGGGAGGGAGGAGAGCUGCACCGCGAGCCACCCGGGGACCAACUUACAUUUAUUCCUCCAGGGGGAUGGUGGUCCCGUACGAGGGCCAGUGUUUCUCCACCCUGAGGAGGCAGUGCCAGCAGAAUGGACGUCUGUUUGAAGACCCCCUGUUCCCCGCGGCGGACCAGUCUCUGUUCUACCAGAGGAACACCAUCGGCACCGUCACCUGGAAGAGGCCCAAGGUGAGAAAACCCAUAAAUGGGUUAGUACAUAGGAAGCAAGACUCCCACGUUUACCCCCCCAACGAGUGGAAGAUCAAUAUAUAUGGAGUACAGUUCAAGUUCAAGACCUUUAUUUUCCCCAUAGUCCCCAUAGUCCCCAUAGUCCCCAUGGUCCCCAUGGUCCCCAUGGUCCACAUGGUCCCCAUAGUCCCCAUAGUCCCCAUAGUCCCCAUAGUCCACAUGGUCCACAUGGUCCACAUGGUCCCCAUAGUCCCCAUAGUCCACAUGGUCCACAUGGUCCAGAUAGUCCCCAUAGUCCACAUGGUCCACAUGGUCCAGAUAGUCCCCAUAGUCCACAUGGUCCCCAUAGUGCCCAUAGUCCACAUGGUCCACAUGGUCCACAUGGUCCCCAUAGUCCCCAUAGUCCCCAUAGUCCCCAUAGUCCCCAUGGUCCACAUGCUGAGAUUCGCGGCCUCCGCGGCAUCCUUGAACGCAAACAGGAAGUACAUGACCUUCCUGACCUUGGCCAGCUCGGCGAUCCUCUCGCCGAACUCCUGCAUGUCCGCCUCCAGCCACUUGAGCGGCGAGUCCUCGGGGUCGUUGGCGUUUCGCCAAAACGUGCCGAUGGGCUCGAGUAGCUGCCGCGUCAUCAGGUUGGUGAGGUCGGGGGUCCAGUGCUGCGAGAUGCCGGUGAUGGUGACGCGACCGUGGGCCCUGAGGGAGAAGUACCAGCGGGAGAAGUUGAGGUCCUGGGUGGGGAAGUCCAGCCGGUACACCGCCUCGUGGGGGAGGAGCAGGCGCUCGCCGUCCUGGCGCUUCUGCCCGGAGCGCUGCAGAGACGACACGCGCAGACGCAUCACCUGCAGAGGAACUGAUGAGCCCCCCUCUGUCGUGGACUUUCAGGACUCUCUCGAACAGCUUGCUGCGUUUCUCUGGAUCUUCUUUGACCCCGUUCUCCACCAGGUCCAUCGGCUCCGACACGCCGCCAGUGAAAUCCACGAGCGCGUCGGCCGUGUUGCCCCCGUCAAGCGCCUCCUUGCCGUGUCGUUCCAGGCAACCACGGCAGCGGACAUGGAGGCCAGGCUGGCCUGCGGCCUGGUGAAGGGCCACGCCUACGCGGUGACGGACGUCCGCAGGGUGAGGCUCGGCCACGGCCUGAUGGCCUUCUUCAAGUCGGACAAGCUCACCAUGAUCCGCAUGAGAAACCCCUGGGGGGAGAGGGAGUGGAACGGGGCCUGGAGCGACAGCUCUGAAGAGUGGAAGAAGGUCAGUAAGAGUGAGAGGGAGAAGAUCGGCGUCACCGUGCAGGACGACGGGGAGUUCUGGAUGACGUUCGACGACUUCAUCGCUAACUUCACAGACCUGAUCCUGUGUCGUCUCAUCAACACAUCCCUCCUGAGUUUCCAUAAGAUCUGGGAGGAGGCUGUGAUGCGGGGCUCCUGGCGUCGCCACGACGACCCGCUACUCAACCGAGCCGGGGGCUGCACCAACAACAAGACCAGCUUCCUCCAGAACCCGCAGUUUGUGUUUGACGUGAAGAAGCCGGAGGACGAGGUUCUGAUCUGUUUACAGCAGAAAGAUCGCAGAGCCACACUGAGGGAGGGGCGAGGAGAAAACCUGGCUAUUGGCUUUGACAUACACAAGGUGGAGUUAAACAGGACGUACCGCAUGCACGUCACCCAGCAGAAGGUCGGUGGCAGCGUCUACAUCAACUCGAGGUCUGUGUUCAGACGCAUUGACCUGAAAGAGGGCCGGUACGUCAUCAUACCCACGACCUUUGACCCUGGCGUGGAGGGAGACUUCCUGCUCCGCGUCUUCACCGACGUGCCGUCCAACUGCAAGUGUCGCUGCGUCUCUCAGAUCUACAACCACAACGUGAUGAUGGACUCCUUCCUGGGUCAGGUGACGUUGCCGGCCCAGCAGGGCGACUUCCAGCAGACGCUCCACCUGAGGGACAAGGGCGAUCGCCGUGACAACGACCUGCCCGGGACCGUCACUGUUGCCAUGGUGACCAGCACGGUGCUCACCAACAUCUGAGACACGCCGCCAAACCGUCCAGUCAGCUAUAAGUUUACCAAAUUAA